AUGGCCGACAAGCUCCGUGCAACCCAACAACUGGAGCAACUCCAAGCCCGCUAUGUCGGCACCGGCCACGCCGACACCACAAAAUUGUACCAACCUCUCUUCCCCCCACACCGCAUCCCAAAGUUAAUAAAGCUAGUGAAUGGGUUUCGAACGUGCAUAGAGAUACCUACGCGAGUUAUAUCGGACAUCCGCCGUUGCUGGAGUACAUGAGUGUUGCGACGGGCGAGCCGAUGGCGAAGAUGAGGACGAGGUUUAUUGAGGUGAGUUUAGUUCUUGGGGAAGUUGGAGAUUAGGGAGCUAAUUAGGGUAGAAAAUGAUUCAACCGGUUGGGAAACCGCCGGAGAAAGAGGAUUAGGGAAAUUUUGAUUUGCUUAUUUAUCGAAGCGCUGUGCGAGAUUUGCGGAGGAUCCCAAGUCCAGUAGGGGGGGGGGGGGGGGGUAGUUUGUGUCUGGCUUUACAAAAUGUGCGCUACAGUAUACAGUAUACAGAGUAUAGCAAGGAACUAGGCGUUAUACCUU